GGAGCCGGAGCCCGAGCAGGAACAGGAGCAGGAGGCGGCGGCGGCAGGGCCGGGGCAGCGGCCGGAGCGAGAGCCCCAUGCCCCGGGCGGGCUGAGGGAUCCGGAACCCAGAGUGGAGCCUCGGAGCCCGGACAGGUCCCGCUAGAGCGACAUGAUGGUGGAAUCCGCCUCGGAGACAAUCAGGUCGGCCCCGUCCGGUCAGAACGGAGUCAGCAGCCUCUCCAGCCAGAGCGAUGGUGGCAGUGGUGGCGCUGGAGCCGCAGGAACUGUCACAGGAGCUGGAGGAGGAGGAGGAGGAGGAGGAGGAGGAGGAGCAGGAACAGGGAGGGAUGGAGGAGCCGGCGGGGAGAGCAACGGCGAGAUGAGCCCUGUGGAGCUCUUGCACUUUCAGCAGCAACAGGCUCUCCAAGUAGCCCGGCAGUUCCUGCUACAGCAAGCCUCAGGCCUGAGUUCUCCUGGGAACAAUGACAACAAGCAGUCGGCAGUACAGGUGCCAGUGUCUGUGGCCAUGAUGUCCCCUCAGAUGAUCACCCCCCAGCAGAUGCAGCAGAUCUUGUCACCUCCUCAGCUCCAGGCCCUGCUACAGCAGCAACAGGCCAUCAUGCUUCAACAGUUACAGGAAUAUUACAAGAAACAACAAGAGCAGCUUCAUUUACAGCUCCUGACCCAGCAGCAAGCUGGGAAACAGCAACCCAAAGAGGCACUUGGGAACAAGCAGCUGGCCUUCCAGCAACAGCUCCUCCAGAUGCAGCAACUACAACAGCAGCACCUGCUGAACCUGCAGAGACAGGGUCUGGUCAGUCUGCAGCCCAGCCAGGCAACAGGACCCCUCCAAACUCUCCCACAAGCCGUGUGCCCAUCUGACCUGCCCCAGCUGUGGAAGGGAGAUGGGGCGGCUGCCCAGCCGGCUGAAGACAGCGUGAAGCAGGAGGGGCUGGACCUCACCACAGCAGCAGCCACCGCUACCUCGUUUGCUCCCCCUAAGGUCUCACCCCCCCUCUCCCACCACACCCUACCCAAUGGGCAACCCACUGUGCUCACACCUCGACGAGACAGCUCCUCACAUGAGGACACCCCUGGCUCCCAUCCCCUCUAUGGUCAUGGGGAGUGCAAGUGGCCAGGCUGUGAGACCCUUUGUGAAGACCUGGGGCAGUUUGUCAAACACCUCAACACAGAACAUGCACUUGAUGACCGAAGCACAGCCCAGUGCCGGGUCCAGAUGCAGGUUGUCCAACAGUUGGAGAUACAGCUAGCCAAGGAGAGUGAGCGACUUCAGGCGAUGAUGGCCCAUUUACACAUGCGGCCUUCGGAACCCAAGCCCUUUAGCCAGCCGCUGAACCUCGUGUCAGGCUCCUCACUCUCCAAGGUGACUGUCUCAGCAGCUGAUUCAUUCCCGGAUGGCCUCGCCCACCCCCCCACCUCAGCUGCCGCCCCCGUUACUCCCUUACGCCCCCCUGGCCUCAGCUCUGCUACUCUGCACAGUGGGGGCCCUGCCCGCAGGAGGAGUAGUGACAAGUUCUGCACCCCCAUCUCCUCUGAGCUAGCCCAGAAUCAUGAGUUCUACAAGAACGCAGAUGUCCGACCUCCCUUUACCUAUGCGUCCCUCAUCCGACAGGCCAUCCUGGAGACCCCUGACAGGCAGCUUACUCUGAAUGAAAUCUACAACUGGUUCACCAGGAUGUUCGCCUAUUUCCGGAGGAAUACGGCCACCUGGAAGAAUGCUGUCCGACACAACCUGAGCCUACACAAGUGCUUUGUACGAGUGGAGAACGUCAAGGGCGCCGUGUGGACGGUGGAUGAACACGAGUACCAAAAGCGGAGACCGCCAAAGAUGACAGGGAGUCCAACUCUGGUGAAGAACAUGAUUUCGGGCCUCAGUUAUGGAGCACUUAAUGCCAGCUAUCAGCCUCCAGUUCUUUCCAAUUCUUGUGUAUGGAGCUGGGGGAGGGGGACAGGAGGGAAGAUUGGCCCCGAUUGCCUCUCCCCUCCAGUACAGGCUGCCCUGGCCGAGAGCAGCUUCCCCCUCCUCAACAGCCCGGGCAUGCUCAACCCCGGCUCCACCAGCAGCCUCCUGCACCUCGGACAUGAGGAUGUGAGCAGUACGGUGGAGCCCCUCACCAGCAAUGGCAGCAUCAGCCCCCCACGCCUCUCCCCACCCCAGUACAGUCACCAGGUGCAGGUGAAGGAAGAACCAGCUGAAGCAGAGGAGGACAGUCGGCCUGGGCCCACCCUGGGCCCCACCAACCCCAGCACUGGGGCUCCCACAGAAGACAGGGACCCUGAAGAGGAUCUGCCUGGGGAGGAACUGUCGUAAGGGUCUCUGGGGGAGGGGCAGGCAGGGAAGGAAGGGGGUGAACAUUCCCCACUUCCCGCCCUCAGGAGACCCCUCCUCAGGCUCUCACCUUCCCCUCCCCUCUACAGCCUCCCGGCACUUCCAGGACAGCAGAUUGGGCUGACUCUGACAGACUCUCCCUUCCCCCUCCACUGACCUUUGCUUCUCACCCCAAGACCAGUGGCCGGUGGUCUAGAACUGGUGGGAGAGCCAGGAGAGUGUGGGCCCCCAAUACCUGACUUCAGUCUGUGUCCAAGCACCUCCUUCCCUCGCCCCCCUCCCCCCAACCUCUGCCCCUCAGCCCAUCUCUUACCACCACCCCGUGACCACCAGCAGCAGGACUCCCCCCCCCACCUUUGCUUUCUGCCCCCCAUCAACACUGAGACCCGCAGGCGGGGCUGACAGACCCCCAUUCCCACCAAGGCAGCGUUUGUCCCCUUCUUCCCCCGCCCCGACCUUGACCUUGCACCCUCUUCUCUGAGAAGCCCGGGGCAAGGCAACCUUGUCAAAGAAUCUAGAGCUGGAAAGGGCCAGAGAGAUGAUCAGUUUCACCCCCUCACUUGGCAUAUCAGGAAACUGAGGCCCAAGAAAAGGAAAGUGACUUCCUUAAAGCCACACAGACAGUAAGCGGCAGAGUCAGGAUUUGAACCCAGGUCUUCUGAUUCCAAGUUUGGUCCACUUUCUGCUCCCCUGUACUAUACAAGGCUCCCUUCUUCCAUACUGUGAAUGAUCAACACCGGCCACCAACCUCAUGGGAAAUGGGGAGCUUAGAGCAUCUCAGACUCCACCCCACCCCAGGACAAACCAGUUCUCCCUCUCCUGUGUACCCAGCCGCCUCAGGGUUGUGCACGGGUGAGACCAGCUGGGGCUCUGGGAUUGAAAGCAGCUUCAAGAAGGGGAUGAUCCAUGAAAAUGGAAGACCCCUGCAUGAGGACUGGACCUCCCCAGGGGAGGUGGCAUGCUGCCUCCCUCACACCUUCCCCUGUGUCAUUGCUAUAACUAUUGAGAUCUGACUCCUGCCAUCUCAAGCCAUCUCCACCAUGUCCCCCAUGUAGCCUGCCUUGUAUGAAGAGUGGGCAAUAUGGAGGGUCUGGAAGGAGAGAUACAGGGGCAGAGGGGGGUUCGAGGAUAGAUUACUUGCCCUCGGGGAGAAGGGGGAAGAGGGAAAAUGUCCCUAAGACUUUGGUAUUCAGCCAUGGAACUGAAGGGGUUGGUCUCCACUUGUGGAGAGGAAAAAUCCCAUGGCCUCCACUAGGUGUCCCCAUGGAGCUCAGUGCUGCCGCUGGCUGGCUGGCUGGCUGGCUGGCUGGCUGGCUGAGGGAGGGAGUGUGCCCCUUGGCCUCCAGCCGCAUCAGAAGAGGCUCCCACGUGGGACCAGGGGCCGAAGAGGGCGGGGGAGCAGGCCAGCGACCAAGGCCAGAGGACUGGGCCUCCUCUCCCAAAGGCCUCCCUCCUGCCCCUCCCGCCCCCUGCCCCUCUCCAUUUUACAGUCCCCCUCAAUUCCCUCUCCUCUUCUUUCCCCAGUGAAACGGAUGACCAAAGACCUUUCUUAUGCCAGAAGCAGAAACCAAAACUUUUUGUUUGCUUUUUUUCCUUUGUCACCCCCUUCCUCCAUUCCUGAUCUGACCUUACACCCUCACCCCCAUGGCUCCCUCACCCCCCAGGCUAGAAGCUGGAGGGAGGGGGAGGUCCCCUCCACUUAACUUAUUGUUUUAAACCAAAGUUGACAGUGUCUGUUGGUGGCCAUGGCUUUCUUCCACACCCCCGUCUUCAGCUGCCCACAGAAGGGACCUGGGGACAGGCUUCCCUGCACACCUCACUUCUACUCUUGUUCCCUCCUCAUUGCUCUGCCCCUCAGCUGUUCUUCCCCUUCCCCUCUCACUGGGGGCUUGGGAUCUGAGGGCUCAAAUGGGAUGAGCUCCCUUAGGCCUCUGGGGCAACAAUAGCUAUCUCCAAGGGCCUCUAGAGGGAAGGAUCAGUUAUGGGUGUUGUUCCUGCUUUCCCUCCUAGCCCAACUCCCCCGCCUCCAGUCAAUAUUGUGUCCCAGCCAGCCAGCCAUUCCCCUUGGUCACCCUCCAGUGCCCACCCCAGGCUGGUCCCUGGUGUGCCCAUCAUCACGCUUCUACCAUUGCUAGGGCUGGAGACACAAAGGUGGAGGGCUGCGUUCUGAGGGUUUGCUGGGGAGAGAGCUGAAACAAGUAAAGGAGAAACCAGCUGUCAUUCCUUCCCCCCACUAUGGGGGACUCCAGCGUCAGGUGAAGGGCAAGACGGCGGGCGGGCUGCUCUGUCUAUCCCUAGACUAGUCCCUCGGAUAGGGACAGGACCAGGAAGGGGUUGGAGGGGAACUUGAUGGACGGUUGUCUAGAAAGUGCCCAGGCAACACACUCAGACUGUGAUCCUCACAAGUCCCCACCAGGACUUGGGUGGCAAAAGGUCCCUGGUGCCUGUUAACCACAAUCCUCGUCCCAGUUUGUUCCUUGCCCUCUGGCAUGUGCAGAAAUAUUAAAUGCCCUCUGCUCUUAGGCCCUCAGUGUGUGUCACCUAGUGGGGGAGUGGGCUGAUGGGAUUAAGUCAGAAGGACCUGAGCCUGGAACACAAAGCAUGGGAGUGGACAUUUCUGUAGGAGUGGAUGAGUGUGUAUGUGUUUAUGUGUGUGUGUGUGUGAGUCUACCUGACCAUACUCAGCCGUGUGUGAAUGAGCAGGAAUGUCAGCGUGCACCCCAUGGGUUCCCAAAACCAAUAAGUAUGUCCAGACACCUUCUGUGUGUCAGAUUCAAAGCAUUACUCAUUCACAAUAGAACAAAGCGAUGUAGUGGUUGGGAAGGGAGGCAUCAGGACUGGAUGGCCAGGUCAGUUUCCCACUUGAGUUUCUUUUUCUUUUACCUUCCUCCCAAGCUGGGUCUGGGAAUAGCUUCCCCAUAAAGUGGCCUGUUAGCUUGGAAAAUAACAGUGUUUCUGAUAGCCUUAGGUUCUGCUCAGGCUACCGUUUUCCCCAUCUCUGAAUCUGGUCCGGCUCCUCGUUGCCACAUCUAUCUGCUGCUUUCUCAACUUCUUAGUACGUACACACACACACACACACACACACACACACACACACACACACACACACCCUCCCUUCCUUCCCAGGUAGAUGAGGUCUAGUCCCGUGUUGCCUUCUGUCCAAGCUCCAAGCUCCUAUUCCUUCCCCAAAUCUCUCCCUAACCCCUUUGUUUCCUGUACUUUCAAAGCUUCUUUCCCCAAAGUGAAUUCUCCCUCUUUUUCCUGCUUCCUAAAUCAAAUCCCCACCCCUAUACCAUGCCAUCCAGUGGUUUUUUACACAGUUUUGCUGUUUUUCCCAGGCUGAUGUGCCUGGGAGU